GAUUUUAAGUUUUUUUUUGGGCGGGUGCGAUAAUUGAAAAAAGUUGGCUCUCCUUUUUGGCUCUGUGUUGAUUUCGCAAGUCUUAAAUUGAUUGUGCUUGAGGUUAAACUAUGCUUGCCAACAAAAGUAAUAUGGAUUUAUUUGAACUUGAAACUAUAUUCUGAUGUGUCGAAUUUGAUGUUUUUUGACCUUUCACAUUGGAUCAGAUUUACUUCAAUCUGUUUUGUUUUAUUUGUACCAAGAAUUUCAUUUUCCCUCCUUAAAUAGCUUUUUGUUACUACAUAGAUCAAUAUAGAUCAACAAAAGUGUUCAAACCGAUUUUAACCAAUGAUUUUACCAAAUGUUAUGUCCUUUCAGUUUAUGGCUUGAAGGCUGCACAAAAAACGUCAUUACUGGUUUUGUAAUUUGAUCACAGCAGUGUUAUGCUUCAUUUAACAUUGGUUGGUUUCCGUUGGUCUGAGAAUAGUUUGAUGGAUUACGACUGAAAUUCAAAAUUAUGGAUCAAUCUUCACAUGGUGGUCACGUGCCUAGUCUAUCUUGGUCCUCGGCGCCUGAGGAGAUAGUUGUUCAGGUGUUCCUGCACCUGUCCCCGGCCGAGAGGGGUCUGGCUAGACAAGUGUGCAAGAGAUGGGACAUAGCCAGUUCACACCCAGCUGUGUUGCGCAACUCAGUCCUGAAACUGGUCGGCUCAUUCGGGGGACUCUCUUUGAAGUAUCUCACAUGGAACGAACGCAUCAGACAUCUGCACGUGGUAAAUGUAGACAACAGUCAGUGGGGCAUGCAGCUGAGUGGGUUGAGAGAGGGAGAUGGUCAUUACAUGAGACAGCUGGUGUUGGAGAACUGUCCAAUCACAUUCGCCACUUUCCUCUCCAUAGUCCAAAUAUUCUCCCAGCUGGAGUCACUCACCAUUAAUGGCUGCAACACUCUCUUCAUGACUGGACAGUUGACUUCCUCGGACGAGCAUCUGAUGUCGACUCUGACUUGCAACUGGAGUAGGAUGAGGACCGUGGAGGUUGUGAAUGUGUCAUACCUCAAUGACGACAACUUCUCCGCCCUCUUUAACACUGCAGGUGUAUCAACUCUGGGCCGUAUCUCGUUGAGGAGUAUCAAACUGGCCUAUCACUUGGAAAACAUGACUAAAGGGAGUCUUCUCUGCUUCUCCUCUUUGAAGAACUUCAUCACAAAUAGAAGAGAGCUACUUACUGAUUUGACCCUCGACUUCUCAAAUGUCACAGACACUAUGCUAGUUGACCUCUCCCAAAUAGACUCUCUUAACCUCCUUCGUCUGUCACUGUUCGCAUGCAGAGAUGUAACUGACAAGGGAGUUAUUCAACUAGUCAAGACUCAAACCGCCCUGGAGAAGAUCAACAUCUCACAGCUCAAGGAAAUCACUGCCAAGGUUCUGGUGACCUUGGAGGAGAAUUGCAAGCACCUGUCUAUUCUACUGAUGAGCAAGUGCAACUCAGUGGUGGGCAGGAAGAGUGUGCCCUCUCUCAACUCACUCCCAAUCACACACCUGAACCUGUCAGAGUGUCACAGGAUAGACUCGAAGGAUCUCCUUGAUCUAUGUGCUACACCACCAGGGUUACCUCAUCUGGAAACUCUGGAAAUCGAGAACUUCGGGGUCAUUUCAGACCAGAUAUUUCCACUCCUCUGCACUUUCUCUCCCAAACUCCAGACUCUCAAUAUGUGCACAGUGCCAUCUAUUAACAUAGAAUCCAUGGUGUCAAUCUACACUUAUCUCACGGAACUGAGAGUUCUGAAGAUCGCAUGGACGAAUUCGAUCACAGAUGAUCUUCUGCUGGGUGCGAACAACAACGGAGAGGGAGGGGACCAAGUGGAUUCGGAUGUGAUCAAGUGCAGCUGUGACUUCACGUUGGGACUCCAAAAACAACAAGAGAAAGGUGCAUAUUCGUGUCCGCUCUACAACACUACAAACAUUUCACGCCUGACUAAACUGGAACAGCUGGACUUGUUCUCCUGUAGUAACAUCUCAGACUUAUCCAUCAUCCACACAUUCCGUCUGCCCAAUCUCAAACAACUCAACCUCUCCAUGUGUACACACAUAACAGACGCUUCAGUUGAGGUAUUAUGCAUGCACUGCAAAUCGAUCGAAAGGCUGAACCUAAGCUACACGCCAGUUACGGACGACGGAGUCAAACUCAUUUCGAAAUAUCUCAAGAUUUUAAGAGCCCUCAUCCUGACAAAUUGCAUGGCCAUUACAGACAGUGCAGUUGGUUAUCUAGAAGCGUAUGCUUAUCAAUUGACUGAAUUGGACGUGAGUCUGUGCCCUGGAAUUACAAUAGAGCAGAUUAAUCAUUUCCAACACAAUGUUACGACCGUGCAUUCAAUCAAGAGUCGAUUCAUAUCAUCGGGAAACUUUCUUGACACUGAUUGAAAAAUACUGAAGGUCUAAAUAAUAUAAUGUAAAUUGGAAUAGAUGUAGUUUAGUUUGCGUGCGUUAAUAUUGAAAAAAAAUUGAAUUCAAUAUUUUUGAUUGACAA